GUGGAGACUAAGGAUGUUUCUGGGCCGACCUUGAUGUCCGUCCCUGGAUAUGAGAACCAGGUGGAGUUUGGGACGAUGUUCACCUUUGCGUAUCCUGUAGAAGGUCAUGACGGUGAAGUGGCAGUGUCCACCACUCGUCCUGAGACUAUGCUUGGAGAUGUGGCCAUCGCUGUUCAUCCUGAUGAUCCUCGAUACCAGACUCUCCAUGGACGGCGGUGUCGGCAUCCUUUCACCAACAGACUCCUUCCUAUCAUUGCUGACUCUGUGGUGGACAUGGUGCUGGGAACAGGCGCUGUGAAGGUGACUCCUGCUCAUGACUUCGUAGACUUCCAUCUGUCUCAGAGGCACUCUCUGCCGCGGCCCUCCGUCAUCGGAGGCGAUGGGACGAUGGAGCCGCUGUGCGGAGCGUGGCUGGAGGGCGUGAAGCGGUUCGAUGCCAGGCAGCUGGUUGUUGACGCUCUUGUUGAAAAGAAACUUUUCCGAGGGAAGAAGAAUCACGCCAUGUCUUUACCCAUCUGCAGCCGCUCUGGAGACAUCAUUGAACCUCUUUUAAAAAAGCAGUGGUUUGUUCGCUGCGAUACAAUGGCUCAGAAAGCCAUACAGGCUGUGGAGGACGGACAGCUGGAAAUCAUUCCUCAUCAUUACACUAAGACGUGGAAGAACUGGCUGUCCAACAUCAGUGACUGGUGCAUUUCCAGGCAGCUUUUAUGGGGUCAUCGGAUCCCAGCUUACCAAGUAGAGCUUCCCGACUCCACACCUAAAGAACAGGAGCUGUGGGUCUGGGGCCGAAGUGAGGCGGAGGCCAGACAGAGAGCCGCUGUGAAAUAUGGAUUAAACCCAGAGGACAUCACUAUGCGACAGGACCCAGAUGUUCUGGACACCUGGUUCUCCUCGGCGCUGUUUCCGUUCGCCAUGCUGGGCUGGCCAGAAAAGACCUCUGACCUCCAGCACUUCUACCCUAACUCUGUUCUGGAGACCGGCAGUGACCUCAUCUUCUUCUGGGUGGCCAGGAUGGUGAUGCUGGGGUCCGAGCUGACUGGACAGCUCCCGUUUAAACAGGUUCUGUUUCACUCCCUGGUGCGGGACAAAUAUGGCAGGAAGAUGAGUAAAUCUCUGGGAAAUGUUAUCGACCCUUUAGAUGUCAUACAUGGCGUCUCUCUGAAGAGACUCGAGGAGAAAGUGAAGGAGGGAAACCUGGACCCAAGAGAGCAGUUGGUUGCCAUGGAAGCGCAGAGGAAAGACUACCCUAAUGGAAUACCUCCAUGUGGGACAGACGCUCUGAGAUUCGCUCUUUGUUCUCACAGGAUGCAGGGUGAAGACAUCAGUUUGUCCGUAUCUCAAGUUCUCAGCUGCAGGCACUUCUGUAAUAAAAUGUGGCAGACCCUCAGAUUCACUUUGGGAGUUCUGGGUGAUAAAACGACGCCAGUGGAAACACUUGAAAAGACGGCUCCUCUGGGCAGCAUGGAGCGCUGGAUCUGUUCCCGCCUCUACAGCACGGUGCUGCAGUGCGAGGAGGCGUUUGAAGCUUGCGAGCUGCAUCUCGUCACCUCCGCCCUGUAUUCUUUCUGGGUGCACAACCUGUGUGACGUUUACUUGGAAUACAUAAAGCCUGUGCUGCUGAAAGACGACGGGGGGGCGGAUGUCCCAGCUGACAGGAGCAGCAAGCAGGUGGCCAGCGCUGUUCUCUAUCACUGCGUGUCUUCGUCUCUCGCUCUGCUCUCUCCCUUCAUGCCUUUCAUCACCGAGGAGCUGUGGCAGAGACUCCAACCGUUCAGACCUGAAGCCCAGGCCCAGGCCAGCCUGUGUUUGCAGCCUUAUCCCACAUCCCGCCAUCUGACACACUGGUAUUUCCCUGAGGUGGAGAGGGACUUCCUGCUGGUCCAGGACGUUAUCCGAACAGCUCGAUCUCUGCGAGCCCAGUGUGGCCUGACCAAAGAGAAACCUGUCAUGUGGGCAGUGUGUUCGCCCAGCCAGGCGCAGACGCUCCUCCGCUUUGAUUCAGCUCUUCUGACUUUAAGUCGGAUCUCAAGCCUCCAGAUCUACUGUCCAGAUCAAGGAGGUCCCCCCCCCUCUGUCCACUCCACACCUCCACCCACUGGAUGCUUCAUCGGCGUGGUAGACCACACCUGUCAGCUGCACCUUCACAUCCGAAGUGGAGUCGAUGCUGACAAGCAGAUUCAGCAUCUUUCUCAGCGAAGAGAGAAGCUUCUUCCAAAGCUGGAGGAGAAUCUUGGCAGACUGCAGUGUCCCAACAGUCGGAUGAAGAUUCCAGCACACAUCAGGGAGCAGCUGCAAAGCAAGGUGAGCGCUGGAGGAGAGGGGAUACCUGGCUUCCUUCCUGCCUCCAAGAUUUAA